CAAAUUGCCGUCUUUGCCUGCAGACUGUAAAAGCAUUCGGAUUGUAAAGGAGAAGCAGUAAUAAUGUGGCACGUGGUAUGCAGAUACCAGCUGACAGGAAAUGGUGCUUGUGUUUCGGAUGGGCUAUUGCAACAGUUCCGUCAUAAAGGGAACUUUGUGAUGAAGAUGAACACAGAGGAAGAAAAGUCUGGCUACGACACGCAACAUCGAGUCUUGAUCUACUCAGCCUGUGUCUUAACCUCGGCAGCUCUGAUGUCGACUUGCGUGGCAGUGGCAGCCUUACACCACGUCCUUGCACUGAAAGGAGACAUCUCGUCGAUGAGAGAGGAGCUGGACACGUACAGACUCCACCUCGAUCGCCUGGAAGCCCUGGCAAGAUUAAAUAAGGGCCAGGCGGCCAACUGGAGCAGUUCGGCACGCCAGGUUAGUAAACGUUUCAAGAAGCGACCCUCCCCUGAGGAUAAAUCAAAAGACAGAAUGAAAUUUCGGAUAAACAGAUCGAUCUCUGAAGGCGUGCAACAGGCCUGCGUGCAACUGAUUGCCUCCAAUGUCCAAAGACGGGUGGCCAGGCCAAGUAACUGUCACAAAUGCGUACCAGGAAGACCACAACAAUCGUGCCGAGUUGAAAGAAGAACUGAUACAAGUCAGAACCAAAUGGAGACAACUACUGUCCCCUGGAUCCUGAGUUUGAAAAAGGGGAGCGCCCUGGACAAGAGGGGUAACAAGAUCCUGGUGGUAGAAGCUGGUUACUUUCUGGUGUACAGCCAAGUGUGGUACAAGGAUAAUACAUUUACCAUGGGGCAUUUCAUAAAAAGAAAUAAGGCCAGCAUUGUUGGUAAUGAGGCGCCCAAUGUGAUUCUGUUCCGGUGCAUACAGAACAUGUCUGCUUGCUGCCCAAAUAAUUCUUGUUUCACUGCUGGCAUUGCACAGCUCGAAGUGGGAGAUGAGCUUGAACUUGUAAUACCACGAAUACAAGCACAAAUCGCAUUGAACGGUGAUGGGACAUUCUUCGGAGCAAUAAAACUGCUGUAAACGUUGGCCAAAGUUUUACAAGCAAAGUGCCUCCCUAUUUGUACAGGAAAAAAAUCCCUUUCUUCCUUGAUUCCUUCCUGUGUUGAUGAAAAUGCCUGAUUUAAAAAAAAUAUAUAUAUAUCUUACCGAAAGGGGAAACGGUUUUCUCAUGCAGCAGGAAAAUAGAAGGAGCAGCUAGCACACGUUUCUGUCUUCUGUUCAUGGUUAAAAGUCAGGUUGAAGCAAAUCUGUGAACCGAUCUGGAUGGAGUCAUCGUGCAAAGCCUUGUUCUUGCUUUGGAAUUGUGCGAAAUUGAAGAUGCAUGAAAUACAGAGGAACCCAAAAUCAGUUUGGUUUAUCAGUUCAGUUUUCAGUUUAGUUUAAUGAAGCAUGUGAAAUGCUGGAGUAACUCAGCGGGACAGGCAGCAUCUCUGGAGAGAAGGAAUGGGCGAUGUUUCGGGUCGAGACCCUUCUUCAGACUGAUCUUUUCUUCACAGAGGGGGACAGAGGACGCUGCUGAACUCUCGGCGGAGAGAGGAGGGGAACUUCUUCAAAGAAGACAUACCUUGAGAUUUCGCAAUGGAGCGGACAAAAUGUGUAGGAAAGAACUGCAGAUGCUGGUUUAAAUGGAAGGUAGACACAAAAUCCUGGAGUAACUCAGUGGGACAGGCAGCACCUCGGGAGAGA